AUGUCCUGUAGCAUGGCAGGUGAAGAGGACUUCUUUUUUGAAGAAAAAAGAUUCAAGCAGCACUGUGAAGAAUUUAUUAAACAUUCUCAGCAGAUAGGAGAUGGUUGGGAGUGGAGAAUUAGCAAGGACCUUAGUGACGGUUAUCUUAGUAAAACACACUUCCAAGUCAGAAAUAGAAACAUCCCACCAGAUCUCAAGGAGACAGACGAUGUUGUUGAACAAACCUUGUUCUCACAUGUUGAAGAGUCUUUGGAAGAUUCUCAAGUAGCUGAAGUCUGUGCAACAGAAGAAGUGAUUCGCUAUGAGUAUCAUGUCCUGUACUCCAGCAGCUACCAAGUACCUGUGCUUUAUUUUAGGGCAUGCUGUUUAGAUGGAAGACCUUUAACUCUGGAUGAAAUAUGGAAAAGUGUUCAUGCAUGCUACCAGGCUCGUCUGCUGGAGGGGCCAUGGGACACUAUUACACAGCAGGAGCACCCCUUGCUUGGACAGCCAUUUUUUGUUCUGCAUCCUUGCCAGACUAGUGAAUUUGUGUCUUCUAUACUGACCAGUUCACAGAAAGACAACAGACACACAAAUUACAUUAUAUUGUGGCUCAGUACUGUAGGCCCAGUUGUGGGUCUAAAUCUGCCCCUGAGUUAUGCAAAACUAGCACUUGAGCAGAAUACAAAUGCUGAUUCAGAUGAAAGACCACAAGUCCUGAGCAGUUGGGAUGGAAUUACAGAUUUUACUUCAUCUGUUCAGCAAGCAGUAAGUCACCUGCAUACAGCAUCCAAUGUAUGCCACAUCAGAGCUGGAGAUGUGAAAUGCAUUGGGUUUCAGAUUCUGAGUUUUCAGGUGUUUUGA